AUGACCCUCUCCGGCGGCGGCAGCGCCAGCGACAUGUCCGGCCAGACGGUGCUGACGGCCGAGGACGUGGACAUCGAUGUGGUGGGCGAGGGCGACGACGGGCUGGAGGAGAAGGACAGCGACGCGGGCUGCGAUAGCCCCAUGGGGCCGCCGGAGCUGCGCCUGGACGAGGCGGACGAGGUGACGCCGGCGGCACCCCACCAUGGGCAGCCUCAGCCGCCGCACCAACAGCCCCUGGCAUUGCCCAAAGAGGCGACUGGAGCCGGCGCUGGGCCAGGGGGCGAGGCGGGCGCUUCCGAAGCUGACGGCUGCAAGGGCGGCGUCGGCGGCGAGGAGGGCGGCGGGAGCGGCGGCGGGCCCGGCUCGGGCAGCGGUGCAGCGGGAGGCCUGGCCCCCAGUAAGCCCAAGAACAGCCUGGUGAAGCCGCCCUACUCGUACAUCGCGCUCAUCACUAUGGCUAUCCUGCAGAGCCCGCAGAAGAAGCUGACCCUGAGCGGCAUCUGCGAGUUCAUUAGCAACCGCUUCCCCUACUACCGGGAGAAGUUCCCCGCCUGGCAGAACAGUAUCCGCCACAACCUCUCGCUCAACGACUGCUUUGUCAAGAUCCCCCGCGAGCCGGGCAACCCGGGCAAGGGCAACUACUGGACCCUCGACCCGCAGUCCGAGGACAUGUUCGACAACGGCAGCUUCCUGCGGCGCCGGAAACGCUUCAAGCGCCACCAGCAGGAGCACCUGCGCGAGCAGACGGCGCUCAUGAUGCAGAGCUUCGGUGCUUACAGCCUGGCCGCGGCGGCUGGCGCCGCGGGGCCCUACGGCCGCCCCUACGGCCUGCACCCCGCGGGGGGCACCGGGGGCGGUGGGGGCGGCAGCGCGGCGCAGUCCUUUCUACGGCCGCCCGGGACCGUGCAGUCCGCGGCGCUCAUGGCCACGCACCAGCCGCUGUCGCUGAGCCGGACGACGGCCACCAUCGCGCCCAUCCUGAGCGUGCCGCUCUCUGGACAGUUCCUGCAGCCCGCAGCCUCGGCCGCCGCUGCUGCCGCAGCUGCAGCGCAAGCAAAGUGGCCCGCUCAAUAG